CAUAUGGGCUUUAGUUUAAUCGAAACUAUAAACAAGUGACGGGUUGAGAGGUCGAAGCGAGAAACCGGUUGAAUGACAGCACGGCUGUACGUUUGGCUGUGAUUAAGUGCCUCCAAUGGCUGGCCGGCUGCUGAAAGUGUCGUCUGUUGCAACGGCAGUGGUGGCGUCGUCAGGCUUCUACCUCUACAACAACAAACUGGACCCCAAUGACAUCAGCCUGGUCCGCUUCGGGCGGGCCGCAGCUACGACUGCCGUGAUCAGCUAUGACUACAUGACAUCUCUGAAACAUGUGGAGUAUGGAUCAGAAGAAUACUGGGCGCUCAAAUCCCAGGUGCACCGUCGGUCAGCUGAGAGACUGCGUAACCUGUGCUGCGCCAACAGAGGCACCUUCAUCAAGGUGGGUCAACACCUGGGAGCCCUUGACUACCUCCUACCUGAGGAGUACACCUCCACCCUCAAAGUCCUGCACAGCAGAGCACCACAGAGUUCUAUGGAGGAGAUUCAGCAGGUCAUCAGAGAAGAACUGGGGAAGGAGCUCUCUGAUCUGUUCAUCUCUUUCGACGUGAAACCCCAGGGCGCGGCGUCGCUGGCCCAGGUCCACAAGGCAGUGUUGCAUGAUGGUAGGACGGUGGCUGUGAAGGUCCAACAUCCCAAGGUCCAGACACAGAGCUCCAAGGACAUCGUGGUCAUGGAGGUCCUGCUGAACAUGGUCCACUGGCUGUUCCCAGACUUUGCCUUCAUGUGGCUGGUGGAGGAGGCUAAGAAGAACAUGCCUGUAGAGCUGGACUUUCUAAACGAGGGACGCAACGCUGAGAAGGUGGCGGUCAUGCUCGCACACUUCCCCUGGCUCAAGGUACCUAAGAUCCACUGGGACCUGUCUACCAGGCGGAUCCUGACCAUGGACUUUGCCGAGGGAGGCCAGGUCAACGACAGAGACUAUAUGAGGAGACACAGCAUCAACGUCAAUGAGAUUUCUCAGAACUUGGGGAAGAUGUACAGUGAGAUGAUAUUUGUGCAUGGCUUCGUCCACUGUGACCCCCACCCAGGCAACGUGUUGGUGAGGAGGUGUCCCAACACCAAGAAGACUGAGAUUGUCUUACUGGACCACGGCCUGUAUCAGAUCCUGCUGCCAGACUUCCGGCUAAGCUAUUGUCGUCUGUGGCAGUCCCUGAUUAAGGGGGACCUGAAUGGGAUCGAGAGGUACAGCCGACGCCUGGGUGCGGGGGACCUCUACCCCCUCUUCGCCUGUGUCCUCACUGCACGCUCCUGGACCUCUGUCAAUGCUGGCAUCGGCAACACCCCCGUCACACACUCUGAGGACGUGGAGAUCAGGUCGAACGCAGCUCUCUACCUCCCCCAGAUCAGUGACCUGCUGAACCGCGUGCCCCGUCAGAUGCUGCUGCUACUGAAGACCAACGAUCUUCUCAGAGGCAUUGAGACCACUCUGCAGACCAGAGCCGCCUCCUCCUCCUUCAUCAACAUGUCCCGAUGCUGCACCAGGGCUCUAGCCAGGCACAAGCGGAGCAAGGCGCAGUCGAGGGCACGGCGUCUCCAGAUCACCAUGUCGGAGUCUCUGACCCUUUGGCAAAUCAGCCUGUACGAACUGUUCCUGUGGGUCAAGGGCUCAACGCUAGGAGGCUGGGUCGGUUCACUGCUCAGCUGUCUACACUACACACACUGAUCAGAGAAGAGAGGCAACGGCACAGACACGCAUAAAGACACACACACAGGCAGACAGACAGACACAUACACACUUAUGGGCGUACGCAUGCACACACACUUAGUGUACACACACAUCACACUACGGCGUACACAAAUAGGGCCUUUGGGAUGCAGAGUCAUGAAGACACACCAACAAAACUUGACACAAAUGCAUACACACAAACACACACACAGUUGACACACACACACGCACAGUCAGGCAAUCCGCUCCAAAUGCACGGAGACAGUUUAACCACUGUGUAAACCGAUGGAUAGAGGUAAAACGCAAAAAUAUAAACGCAACAUACAACAAUUUCAAAGAUUUUACUGAGUUACAGUUCAUAUAAGGAAAUCGGUCAAUUGAAAUGAAUUCAUUAGACCCUCAUCUAUGGAUUUCACAUAACUGGGCAGGGGCGCAGCAAUGGGUGAGCCAGGCCUUGCUAAUCAGAAUGAGUUUUCCCCCACAAAAGGGCGUUAUUAUUGGCACGUUUAGUUCACAUUAGGUGACAACUCAAUCAAUUGAAGAUCAAAAUUUGAUGUUGAACUGACAUCUGUGCCCAGUGAAAUAUGGUCAAAGCCACUCACUGUACAUAAAUGGCAACAACAGUUUGUAUGUAUUCAGGUUACCUCACUACUGUAUGUACUGUAAAUGUGCAGUGAUGCAGAAUGAAGUGUCAUAUUUUUGUUCAGAAAUGGAUGGCCUGUUUUCCACAUUUACAUUCCUCUGCUUUUCUCUGUUUAUCUCCUCUUCCCCCUUGAUUCUGCAACAAUUCCACUCUCCUUCUUUCUUCACCUCACUCUCUCUUCUACCCCUCUCUCCCUCUUCUAUCUCUCUCUAAUCUCCUCAGAACAUUACUGUUACUGUCCAGCUUUUUGUAACCACUGGUUUCUCUAUCAAAUUAUUCAAUUUACUGUAAUCAAAUUUUACCUUGACCAUUGUCAACAUACAGUUCCAAGACUGUAUGUUUAGCAUUGGUAUUGCUAUCAUUUUAUUAUACGGAUUUAAAUUUUUUGUCAUCUUCGAACAUGUUUUAGUUAGUUGAUUAUUCUGUGAAUUAUUUUAUUUAUCCUAUUUAUUGCUGUUGUUGGAGGUGUGGAGGAGAGAGUUAUUGUUCACUCAUAAUGAGUUUGCAUGGGGAAUGGAAAUAAAUGGAAAUAAUCCCAAUUGAACACACA